AUGGCCAAGAUUGGCAAGCUUGAGAGUCAGACACAGAUAAACGCAUCAGCAGAUAAGUUCUUUGGUUUCUUUAAAAAUAAUAUGACCAAAUUUGUUCAGAUUUUCCCUCAAAACUUCAAGGGCUUUCAAGUAGUGGGAGGAGGUGAGAUUAGAGCUGCAUGCGAGAUUUACUGGAAAUAUGACAUUGGGAGUGGCGUACUGACAGCAAAGCUUAAAGUCCAAGCAAUAGAUGAUGAAAACAGAUCAAUCACCUUUAUUUUUCUGGAAGGAGAUGCCUUGAAGGUGUAUAAGAGUUUCAAGGCAAAAAUGCAAGCAAACAAAGCAGGUAAUGGUGGUUGCACAGUCAAAUGGACGAUGGAAUUUGAGAAGGCAAAUGAAAAUGUACCAGAUCCAAAAGGCUAUACAGAACUUGGCGAAAAAGUGUCGAGAGGCCUUGAUGCUUACCUUGCUGGGACUUGA